GAUCGUAAUCCCGCCAGCUGAUUGCACGAAGGCAAACCAGGAAGAUGAUAUUUUCGGCAGCGGAAAGUGCAAACUUCUUAAACUGCACUGCCAGUUGUUAUUUCUAAAGGUGAUACUUAACUCACUAGACAACCUGUAGCCAUUACACAGAAUAAAACUAGCAAUUUUUGGCUGAAUAUGGAUAACAACAGCAACAUCAGCAGCACCUUGCCAUCAACCACAGUAUCUCCAUCUGCUGGCAAUGACCAGGGUGGAUUAGUGUUUGUUGUCCUGUCUUGUUUGUGUGCCAGCCUGUGGGUUAUCUACAUCACUUUCUAUCAUUCCCGUGUAUUGGGCUACAUUCUUACACGACUGAUCAAUUUCAAGUACAUUGAAAAUGGACAAUACUUCAAGAUUGGCUCCUUUUCCUUCUCCAUAUUAUCUGGAAAGAUCAUGUUUAGGGAUGUUGUCUAUGUGACUCAAGAUCUCAGUUUCAGGUGGGUAAAGCAUUUUCCAUUUUUUUUUCAUCCUAGCAGUGUGCAGUUGUUAACAAAAUGGUGGCUGCUUCUCUACUAUUUCGAAGUGUCUGUCAAGAGGAUUUAG